AUUUAUCCAUAAUGGAAGUGGACGUCGGAAUGUUCCGGAUCAUGUCUUUUGCCAUAUAGAGCAGAAUGGUCAUUAUGAACAACCGGCUAUAUUACCUUCUGAAAAUUAUGAGAUUGAUCAAUGGGAAAUUUUUAGAGUUUCCAAAAAAGAUCCGGAAGCUUUAGAUAUGGAAUAA